UCCGUCUCUCCUCUGGUGCAGUCCAGGCUCGGCUCCGUCGCUCGCUUGCUGCCGCCGCCGCCUGGGCAGCCUCCGUCUCCCGUCCGCCACCGAGGGGAGCGAUGGGCCCGGCGCUGCUGCUCGCGCUGCUCUCGAGCCUCGGAGCCGCCAAGCCUCUCUCCACCACGAGCAGCUCCCAUGGAGGGCUGGGCCACAGCUUGUCCGGGGGGGGCGCGGCGCGUCCGACGGGAGCUUCAGGGGCCGCCCUACGAAGCCGUGGAGUCCGCGUUGGCUAAUGAAGUGUACUACCCCGAGCUGGUCCGGCUUGCGGCGCUGGAGAGAGCAAUGUCGCCCCCUGGCGGCCAGUUGUCAGAAGAGCACCUCGCCCAGGCCUUAGAAAGAGCCAUGGCUUUCUCCGGGAACCAGCUCCAAGACGACCGCCUGGCUCAGGCGCUGGAGCGGGCCGUCGCGCCGCCCAGCAGCCAGUUCCAGCCCGACGAACGCCUGGCCCUUGCUCUGCAGCGCCUCCUUCAGGAUGGGCAUCGCCGGGACCAGGAAUCCCUCUACCUGGCAAAUCUGCUAAAGCUUUGGGAUGAAGCGAAGGGUGCUGCGCUGUACCCCGAGUAUGAUGAGACCGGCUUAGCUGGAAGCUCCUCUCCACCAAGAUCACUGCCAAAUCGUUACUGGGUCCCUGAAGGAGGUUUUGAACCCCAGGAAGAGCUGGGAGGGGAGGAAGAGCCUGCUGGCGAGGUGGACUCCGAAAUGCUGAGGUACCUGCUUGGCAGGAUCUUGUCGGGGGCAGGCAACCUGGACCCCCAGCGUCUCCCUGGGCCGCCCAGGCGCCUGAGGCGCGCCAUCUUUGAUGCAGGAGACCUUCCGGAGCCCCCCAAUCUUCUGCGGGUCAAGCGACUGGGUGGGGAGGUUGCAGGAGAUCCCCAGCUGCAGAGAGUGAAGCGGACAGAAGGGGAAGGGGCCGGGGGCAAGAGAGGUGGGACUGGGGGAUCGCAGAGACUUCGGUACCUUCCUGAAUAGUGGGAAUUCGCCUUUGUGGGGGAAACAAAUGGGGGUAGCCAUCUCACCAUGGCCCCCUCUUGCCAGUCUCUGAAUGUCAAUGGACUGCGAGCGACACCUAGUGUUUUUUCCUGCCUCUGUUCUGCCUUGCAACCCCGAAAUACUGGGGAGGAAGGGGGUAGCUUUGGGCUGGGGUCCCCAAAUCUCAGUCCCAUGGUUAUACUGGUGGGGGGGCUGUUCUGCACCCUACACUUCGGAGUGCCCUAUUAGAACGCUCCAGUUCAGUCAAGUGGAUGCAUUUUAAUGCUGACGAGCUCCCCAGACCAGAGCUGGAGAGCCUCAGCCUCAAUUCCUUCAAUUCUGGCUUCCCUCUCUUCUUUUCCCCCCAGUGUGGCCCAGCCUACAAAUGUUCCUUCUGCCUUAAUAUUCCCCGUACAUCAAGACCCCUCCCCUGAACUCCCACCUGCUUGUUUCUGUCUGGUGCCUGAGACCCUUUGUUUUUGCCCCUCUCAGUAUACACAAAUAUACAUGCACCCCUUUGCUGAUUUGUUGCCAUGUGUGACAGUGCUUGUGCCCAGAGUUUGGUGUUGAUGAAUUAAUGAAUUAAAAGUCCCAUCAGAUAUUUUAAUGUA